AUGAAGACGUUUUCUGCCGUCAUCGGGGCCGUUCUUGGAUUCGCGUCCUUGGGUUCGGCUCACAUGCAGAUGUCGGACCCUCCCCCUUUCAAAUCCAGCCACAACAAGUUCGCCACUACCAAGGACACUGAUAUGUCCAGUCCUCUCGCGGCCAACGGCGCCAACUUCCCCUGCAAGGGAUACCACAAGGCCGUUGGCACUCCUGAGGGCCAGCCUGUUGCGACCUGGACGCCAGGUCAGUCGUACAAGAUGACAAUCGGCGGCGGCGCCUACCACAACGGGGGCAGUUGCCAAGCGUCUCUAUCAGUUGACGGCGGAAAGACGUGGAAAGUCAUUCACUCGUACAUUGGAAGCUGCCCUGCCCAGGGGGAGUCGAGCUUCGGCUUUGUCGUGCCUGGCGACACACCCGCCGGAAACGCCAUCUUUGCCUGGACUUGGUUCAACCAGGUAGGCAACCGCGAGAUGUACAUGAACUGCGCCGCCGUGACUAUUGGAGGUGGUGCCCCCAAGGUCCGCAAGGCUCGUGGCGCUUCCGUCCCCUUCAACAGCCGUCCUGCCAUGUUCGUUGCCAACAUCGGCAAUGGCUGCAAAACCGCCGACUCGGCGGAUGUGAUCUUUCCUGACCCCGGCCCCGAUGUCGACUCGAAGUCUCAGAAGUCUGCUGCACCCGUUGGAAACUGCGGCGCUCAGAGAUCCGGAUCCGGAUCCGCUUCCGCUUCCGCUCCGGCUGCUUCAGGUGCUGGCGCAGCUCCUCUCAAAGACAACAACGCCGGAGGCGCCGGUGCUCCCCCAGCCGGUGCUCCUCCGGCCGGUGGUCCUCCAGCCGCUGCUAUUCCGGCAGCUACAAGUGCACCGGCCCCAGUUGGUGGCGGGGGAAGCAACGGAACUUGUGGUGGUCAGUAA